ACGUGACACACCCGCGGUUCGAUUCCCUUCCGCGACGAACAAAGAAACUUAGGGCAUCGGCGCCAAUGGAGGAGCUCGUGAGCGCCUAUCGAGCAAUGGAGGCGCCUUCGGUGAUCGUAUCCCUGGCCAGGGGAUUUGGCGGCGGAUGCUUGUCAGAGCAAGUCCAACAAGUUUUUAUGGAUCGGUGUGUCAAAGACGAGAUUUGCAGGAUUUUUCCUCCAAGUUCUUCUUACAUAAGAAACUGUCUUAAGCAAUUUAUUCUUGCUGUGGAAGCCGAGUCGAGCUGCGCUUUGGAUAGCCUUUACGACGAACACGCUGCGUUGCUGUUAAGGAUAGAAGACGGAAACAGCAUGGCCUACAAGACGUUCUCUUAUGCAGUACCGGGCGAGGAUAAGCGCAGUGGAACCGUGACUCUUCGCCUGUCUCUUAACAUGCUCGAAGGAGGCACGGGGUGCUUUUGCUGGCCUGCCGGAGUUUAUCUGGCAGAGCUCGUUCUUUCGUAUCCAUGGCUGAUCAAAGGCAAACGUUGUUUGGAGCUGGGGUCCGGAGCGGGACUGGUUGGUGUCUGUCUAGCUAGGCAACAACCUUUUGAGCUUGUUUUGACGGAUGGUGACCUCUCGACCUUCGCAAAUCUCAGGCACAAUCUUGAAAUCAACGGAAUCGUGUUGGAUACAGACGAACAAGAAAAGGUCAAGUGUCGUCGCUUGGAGUGGGAGGACGCGUGUUCUACGGAACUUUAUAAAGCUGAUAUCAUUUUGGGCGCAGAUAUCAUCUAUGACACUGCUUGUAUACCACACCUUGUAAAAGUUCUUGCGCUUUUACUUCAGGCAGAUGCUGGCACCGAGGCAAUUCUCGCAACCGUGAAACGAAAUCCCGUUACCAUAUCGUCAUUCUGUGAUGCUGCCACCCAAGCUGGUCUCGAGGUUUCGGAUGUAUCAAGGACAAUGGUACCUCUGAAAUGCUUUCAGGGCCUGGUCUCGUUUGACAAUUCGGACAUGCUGCUUCACAAGGUUGUUGCCAAGCCAGUUUAGAGCGUGAUCCCGCUUGAAAAACAAAUUUUUAUUCUAAAAGAGAAUGAGGAAACAUGAAGGUGGAAGACUAAACUCAUCGCAAGAACUCCGGCUCGUGCAAAGAUCGUCGGGCCCAAAAGCCAGGUGUGUCACAUAUGCGUCAUGAGUUCGCAGCGCCGAAUGGUCACACGUCCUUGCUCGCAGUUGAUCUUUGCGUUUCAGCCGACUAUAAAAGCUCGUCGCUGCGAUCCGACAGCAGAAGCUAUUUUUCUUCCUUUUCUGACAGUCUCGAGAGAAAGGAUGGAGUCAGGUGCAGCUCGCGUGUCCGCACUCCUGGUGCUGCUGUUGGUGCUCGUCUCGUGGCGUGGCUCCGAAUCGUGCGACGACAGCAACGCACUUGCGCAGCUCAGCGACUGUGCCGAUUACGUUCACACCGGCUCGACGACCGCCAAUCCCCCGGCAGCCUGCUGCCAGGAGCUCAAAGGCAUCGAUAUAACGUGCAUGUGUGCCGCGGUCCGCAGUGGCGCUGGCGGGACUCCUCCUUCGGGACUCAACGUCACGAGGGUGCUGCUGCUUCCGUCGCAAUGCGGCUUGACGCCCGUGGAUUGCUCCACCCCCAGCAACUGAUCGAGAUCACACACUUGAAAUAAGUGUCUUCUCCUGAAAAUAAGCUCAGCAGCAGCACUUGUCCACGGGAGAGACCAAAAUCCAUACGUGAAUCAAGUAAGAGACAUUUGCUUUUUAGAAAUCUAGCGCUUUGUGUGUGUCGUCGCGUCUCGUCUCGUCUCUCUUUGUCGCUUAUCAUUCUUCGCAUUCUUCUUCUCACUCUCAUUCGCUCGCUCGACGAUUGCAUCCCAAUCCAUGUUUGUGUGUCUGUUGCUUUCUCUCACUCUCUCUCUCUCUCUCGCUCUCGCUCUCACACUCUCUCUCACACACUCGCUCGCUCUCUUCCAUGCACGCUCUAGUCUGCUCUCGGCCAGUUAUAAAAAAUCUUUGUCCCUUUGACUUCAUGGCGAGAGCAACAAUUUCAAUGCACGAACGGCGGUGAUGAUCGCGCUUUGACUUUGCAACUCUGGCGCGGUGGAGCCAUGGUCAACACAUCCCAAAACUCUCUGUUGUUUUGGAUAGAAAUCGAUGCGUAGCAUUUGACUUUGCAAUGGCGUGGAAGGUGGCGGUGGUGACAAACUUGGAGAACCCUAGUGUGCGGCGCUAGCGCCUAGGCUUUUUCACAAGCACCCAAAAGAAUCUUUAGGCAUUGACUCUUCCCUUUGAUUCAAUCGAUUCAAUCAAACAAAAGUAUUUUCUCGCUA